GCUAAUGAGUGGAGGAAGGAAAAAGAGAAAUUUUUGACUUUUAUAAAACUUGAUACUGAAAUUUUAUUUUUUUUAAUCCCCUCCUACUACUUGACUGCAUCCAUAUGGUUCUUUAAUUAUCUUGCCAGUAUCAUCUUGCUGAUCAUCUGCUGAACUUUGAACUAUACGAUCUGAUAAUGUUUCUUCCUGUAAUUACAGUACCAUCAUUCAUAGCUUCAUCACAUUCUUUUCCAUUAUACCACUCAUCUUACCAGAAAAUGAAUAUGAAGCUUUGUGGUUUGGCUGAGCAGACAAAAGUCCUCUUACCAGAAUAUGAAGCUUUGUGGUGUGGCUGAGCAGAGCAGCGGCUUCUGGUGAGACAUUAGACCAAGCCAUAAGAGAUUGAUCUAAUGCUUGACCUAUGGGAACUUUGAGAUCAUGUGUGUCAACAAUGGCUCUGGAUUCUGAUACCAUUUGAAAACCUUGGAGAGGAAGAGAGAAAGGGGAAAGACAAUGAAAAGCAAUGAGGAAAUUUUAUUGCUAAAGUUGUCUGGUUCUUGCAAAACAGAGCCAAAGUGAGUACAUGAACUGAAAAACACUAACUUGCAUCCCUAGAAACUAAUUAAUACAAUACAACUGAAAGCUGCAUACACCAAGAACAAAAAAUCAAAUCACCUACUUUACCAUGUGACUCUUCUUCCUUAUUCUAUGGUCAUGAACCUGAUGUUUCUUCUAACUCAAAUCUGUAUCACGGAAAUUAGAGGCAAAGUGGACACCAAAAUUAUGGUUAGCACAGAAGCACAAUUAAUAGAAAACCUUGCAGGAGUCCCAGAUGACUGUGGGCCUGCAGCAAAUGCAUUCGACAAUGGUGACUCAGGUGAAAGAGCCACACUCAUUGGUGGGUCGGAUAUUGGUGCAUUCGACAAUGGUGCGAUGCCCAUGGUUGGUGUGUUUGACAAUGGUGCGCUGCCCAUGUUUGGUGCAUUUGGCCAUGGUGCACUGGCCAUGUUUGGUGCGUUUGUCAAUGGUGCGUUGCCCAUGUUUGGUGCGUUUGGCCAUGGUGUACUGGCCAAGUUUGGUGCGUUUGUCAUUGGUGCGCUGCCCAUGUUUGGUGCGUUUGGCAAUGGUGCGCUGCCCAUGUUUGGUGCAUUUGACAAUGGUGCGCCGCCCAGGUUUGGUGCUGAUGCAAUGCUGCUAGAUGGAGCCUGGACUGGUGCAGCAGCUCGCAACUUACUUGGGUUUGAAGAAGUUGAUGGAGAAGGUGAUGAAGUCCGUGCAAUUAAGCCUGAAGGCAGUAUUAGAUUGCUAAUUUGCACCACAGAUAUGGUAUUAUUUUUAUCAGCAACAUCUCGAACAACCACUGCUUGGUCAGAACCAGCGGCUGAAACAAUUGAGAUUGUGUCACCAUUUGUAAUGUUCACGAAGCCUUGUUGGCCACUUGGUUCGUCAGUAACUUGGAGCAGUGUGUUUAUUCGAGUGGGCUGUGAAACAGGCAAGUUAUGGAACUUUUGGACAGUAUAAUAGUCCAUGAUAACAUGGAGGCUUAGGACCUUUUUCUUAAUCUCCAUUGGUUUGUCUACUAAUGAGGUCAUGGCGCCAUUGUUGACCACGAAGACUGUCAUGGUUUUGUGUUCAUUGAUCUGGUUAGCAACUUGGGUUUGAGUCAGGUAGUUGUUGAAGAGGUUGAAAUCUGAGUUGCUGCUUAGAAUUUUGGUGAUGUCAAAAGCAGCUGAUGAAGAAGGAGCUGAUGAAGAAGGUACUGAAGGAGAGGACUCUGAUGGAGAAGGUGAUGAAGAAGGUGAAGUUGAGUCUGAAGGAACAAUUAGAUUGUUAAUUUGCACUACUGAUAUUUUCAAAUUCUCAGUAAAUAUAUCUUUAACUAUUUCUACUUUGUCAGAACCAGCAGCAGAAACAAUCGAGACCGCAUCCCCACUUGUGGCAUUCAACAAACCUUGAAACCCAUUUGAUUGAAAAGAAUCUUGGAGCAGUGUGGUCAAUUGGGUGGUCUUCAAAGUAGGAAAGUUGUGGAAACUUUGAGAGGUAUAGUAAUCCGUAAUAACGUGGAGGCUUAGUACCCUUUUCUUAAUCUCAGUUGAUUUUCCCACUAAGGAAGACAUGGCAGCAUUGUUGACAACAAGGACCGUAACAGUUGUACGUGCAUUGAUCUGGUCACAAACUUGGGUGUCGGUCAGGUAGGUAUUGAAUUGGCUGAAUUCUGGAUAAUUGUUUAGAAUUUUUGUGAUGUUGAAAGUUGAGGAAGAAGGUGAUGAAAGUAUUGACGGAGAAGGUGAUAAAGAAGGUGAUGAAGGUGGUGAAGUUAAGCCUGAAGGCACUAUUACCUUGUUAAUUUGCACCACUGAUAUAGUAAAAAGCUCAUCAGCAACAACAUCUCGAAUGACUAGUGCUUGGUCAGAACCAGCACCUGAAACAAUCGAGAUAGUGUCCCCAUUUGUGAUGUUCACAAAGCCUUGUUGGCCACUUGGUUUGUCAGCAGCUUCGAGCAGUGUGAUUAUUCGAGUGGACUUCGAAACAGGCAAAUUGUGUAACUUUUGGACGUUAUAGUAGUCCAGGACAACCUGGAGGCUCAACACCUUUCUAAUCACGUCCAUUGGUUGUCCUACUAAAGAGGACAUGGCUUCGUUGUUGGCCACGAGGAUCGUGAGGGUUCUACGUUCAUUGAUCUGGUUAGAAACUUGAGUUCGUGUCAGGUAGUCGUUGAAUAUGCUGAAUUCUGGGUACUUGUUUAGAAUUUGGGUGAUAUUGAAAGCAGAUGAUGAAGAAGACGGGGAUGGAGAAGGUACUGAUGGAGAAAGUGUUGAAGGUGAUGAAGUUGAGUCUGAAGGAACAAUUAGAUUGCUAAUUUGCACCACUGAUAUUUUUGAAUUCUCAGUAAAUAUAUCUUUAACUACCUCUACUUUGUCAGAACCAACAGCUGAAAGAAUCGAGACCGUGUCCCCAUGUG